AUGUCUGUGCCUAUGUCUAUGACAACAAUUCCAUUGUCGAUGCCAAAACCAACAAAAGUUCCAUUACCGAUGCCAACACCAUCAAUAAAUAAUGAAGAUUCAAGUGUGAGCACUAUUGCUAGAUUUGUUUAUUCAGGCUUAUUUACAAAGGAAACAGAAACCCAAAAGAAUGUUAUUGAAACAUGUUUUGAUGAUAAUGCUGUUUUUGAAAAUCCAAUGAUACUAGUUGAAUCACGAGACAAAAUAAUCAAUCAAUUUCUCCUGCUUUCAACAUUCUUUCACUCCGUAACACCGGAAAUACAUUCAAUUACUAGCAAAGAGACAGAAGGAAAUCAUCAUUUAGUUUGUAUUGACUCUUUAAUUAAAUAUUGUCUUCCUCUCCCCUGUUUACGUUCGAAAUUAAUUACUCAACGAGUAAUUACAAAGUUUGAAUUUAAUGAACAAAAAAAGAUCAUUAGGCAUGAAGAUAUUUGGAGUUUAAAGGAUAUGGUGGAAUCUUUACCAGUUAUUGGAUGGCUUUAUACAAGAGUUGCAAGGAAACUCAAUGGGAUGGUAACUGGGGGAGUUAUUCUAGCUAUUCAAGAAUUGAAGCAUGCGUGGAAAGAGUGGCAUUAA